AUAUUUAUUUAAUAAUUGAGUUUUGGUACAAUUUAAAAUACCACUUGGAUAUAAUUUUUAUUUUUAUGGAUAAAGGGUGUCAGUUGUCAGUUGUCACUUUGUUAACUCACAUUUAUGUUAAAACUUUAUUUAUAAGUCACAACUCCUAACCUACAAAGUGCCUUUAAACGUUUGUUAUUAAUUUUUUUAUAAUAACUAUUUCAAAAUUGUUGUUGUCAUAUGUCCCUUUAAAAUGUUAUGAAAUCUAAGAGGGUAAUGCAGAAAUGGUCUUGAAUCGUAUCACGAGGACUAAUUAAAAAAAUAAUAUUAUCAGUUAAAAGUUUUCAUCGCAUUUCCUCAUGUUAUAAGACAAAUAAGCCUACGUGUUUUAUUUCUUGUUACUUUAUUUGGGAUAAAAAGUCUAUACUUGUAAAAUAACUAUUAGUAGGAAAUGGCCCUUCCACAAAAAAAGUACUAUCGACAGCGAGCACAUUCUAAUCCUAUAGCAGAUCAUUGCUUUGAAUACCCUGCACAUCCUGAUGAAUAUGAUUGGUCGAAUUUAUAUCCAAUUCUAAAGAAAGAAUCAUCAAAGAAAAAUGUUGAAUUCCUUGAUGUUGGUUGUGGUUAUGGUGGACUACUAGUUACAUUAUCACCAAUGUUUCCGGAAAACCUAAUGCUGGGAUUGGAAAUUCGUGUCAAAGUGUCAGAUUAUGUAAAUGAUAGAAUUUUAGCAUUUAGGAAACAAUUUCCAGAUCAAUAUCAAAAUAUUGCUGUGCUAAGGACAAAUGCAAUGAAAUACUUACCUAAUUUCUUUCACAAGGGUCAGCUUAAGAAAAUGUUCUUCUUAUAUCCGGAUCCUCACUUUAAAAAAGCCAAGCAUAAGUGGAGGAUUAUUAAUAAAUGGCUUUUAUCAGAAUAUGCUUAUGUACUUGCAGAACAAGGUAUUGUUUAUACAAUAACAGAUGUUAAAGAUUUACAUGAUUGGAUGGUAACACAUUUUGAAGAACAUCCUUUGUUUAAAAGAAUUCCAGAUGAUGAAUUGAAAAAUGAUGUUAUUGUAGAAAAAUUAUUUGAAAGUACUGAGGAAGGACAGAAAGUUACAAGAAAUAAUGGAGAAAAAUUUCUUGCUGUGUUUCAAAGGGUAGCUGAUAAUUUUGUAGAAUAUAAUAAAUAACUACUGCAAUAAA